GAAACAGGGAUUUCGCCAGAUCAAGUGGGCAAGAAAGACUGCACAGAAAUUAUUUAAACUGACCCCUGAGGAAGGAAGAGUAUUCCAAGGGAGGAAUCAAGUGCAAACCCUGAGUCAAAAGGUGGGCUGGAGGACUUCUUACUUUGAGAAGAGAGAGAGAGAAAAAACAAAAAAAACUUUGGGAUUUAAGAAGAACCCAAGAGAAGCCAAUGGGGCUGGAACAUGAAGGAGAUUCAAAAAUCAAAGUCCCAGUCGGGUAUAGUGGAGUACUCCUGUAAUCCCAGCACUCUGGGAGGCAGAGGCAGGAAGAUCUCAAAUUAGAUCCCAGCCUGAGCAAUUUAGUAAUUUAGUGAGACCCUGUCUUAAAGUAAAAUAAAAAUAGCUGGUUGUGGCAGAAUUGCCAUGAGUUUAGAGGCGAGCCUGAAUUACUUUCGAAGGUGCUGUGUCCACUCUCCAAUACCAAAUAAAUCGAAGUCCCAAAAUAGGAAGAAAGGCCACGGGGUAAUCCUGCAAAGCUGCUGGUGAACCGCAUCUGAGCUGGUGUUCAGAAGGCGGAUAGCUGCAGAGCCGCCCACCUGCACAAGGGUAAUGUCUGAUGUACUCCUUUAAGACUUCGAGCUGCUGGGAAGGUCCAGAGCAGAAGCUGGUCUAGUGAAGACCGCUACACUUACCCCAUGACCAGGUUGAACUAGGAAAGGAGAAAAACUGUGGGCUUUGAGCAGUACUUAGGAGUGGAGUCAACCGGUGCAGCGGGAUGUGAAAAACGGAUGGAAGGGGCACAGCUGCAGGAGUAGCUGGCGGGGACCAGGUUACCCCAACCGUGUGCAAGCCAACUUGAAGUCUGGGGAGAGAAUCUAAGCCGCAAGAAUACGGCCGAGAGAUGCAUGGGCCGCGAGCGUUGUGAGCCAGAAAUCCUACAUUCCCCAAAGGCUGCAGUCUAUUGUGGGUGGGCGUGGCGAGCUAAGUAGGCGUGCCAGAGUGGGGCACGCUGCGCAGGUGCUAACUCCCGUUUCCAUGGCGGCAAGACCCACGCGCUCCAACUGCCCAGCAGUAGUUCUGCAACUGUCCGGUCCCAGACCCAGCAGUCCCAAAGCGUGUUAGUGCCCCUCCCCCGACCACUGCCCAAGGUCCGCUGGAUCCUCGACAUGGGCGACUUGGAGCUGCUGCUGCCAGGGGAAGCUGACACGCUCGUGCAGCAACUGCGCAGCUUCCGGCCUCAGGAGAUGGGCUCAGAAGGGUGGAACCAGCAACAUGAGAAAAUGGAGAAGCUGAACAUGCAAGCCAUCCUUGAUGCCACGGCCAGCCAGGGAGAGCGCAUCCAGGAGCUGCUGGUCACUUAUGGAAAGAUCCCAACACUGGUGGAAGAGCUGAUUGCAGUGGAGAUGUGGAAGCUGAAGGUGUUCCCUGUGCUAUGCAGGCUGGAGGACUUCAAGCCUCUGAACACCUUCCCCAUAUACAUGGUGGUACACCACGAGGCCUCCAUCAUCAACCUCCUAGAGACAGUGUUCUUCCAUAAGGAGGUGUGUGAAUCAGCAGAUGACACUCUGUUAGACCUGGUGGACUACUGCCACCGUAAACUGACACUGCUGAUAGGCCAAACUAGCCAUGGUGGCCCUCCUAAAGAAAAGGAGUUCCAGGAUAGUACCCCUAUGCAGGAGUUGCAGAACCAGGCAGCGCUAAUGGAAUUUGAGAUCUCCCUGAAGGCUCUCUCAGUCCUGCGUUACAUCACAGACUGUGUGGACAGCCUUUCCCUGAGCACUCUGAGUCGAAUGCUCAGCACCCACAACCUACCCUGCCUCCUGGUAGAACUGUUGGAGCACAGUCCUUGGAGACGGCAGGAAGGAGGAAAGCUUCAGCAAUUUGAGAGUGGCCAUUGGCAGGCAGUGACCCCCUCAGAGCAACAGAAGCUGAGCAAGUUAGAAGGGCAAGUAUGGAUCGCCUUGUAUAACCUGCUACUAAGCCCUGCAGCCCGAUCUCAAUAUUACCUCACAAGCUUUGCUAAGGGACAGCUACUCAAGCUUCAAGCCUUCCUCACAGACAUACUCCUGGACCAGCUUCCCAACCUGGCAGAUUUGAAGGGUUUCUUGGCUCACCUGGCCUUAGUUGAAACCCAGCCUCCUAAGAAGGACCUGGUGUUGGAACAGAUCCCAGAAAUCUGGCAGCGGCUGGAGCAAGAGAACAAAGGCAAAUGGCAGGCUAUUGCCAAGCACCAGCUUCAGCAUGUGUUCAGCCCCUCUGAGCAGGACCUUCGGCUGCAGGCACGAAGAUGGUCUGAGACUUACAGGCUGGAUGUACUAGAAGCAGUGGCCCCAGAAAGGCCUCACUGUGCUUACUGCAAUGCAGAGGCCUCCAAGCGCUGCUCCAGAUGCCAGAAGGAAUGGUAUUGCUGCAGGGAAUGCCAAGUCAAACACUGGGAGAAGCAUCGAAAGGCUUGCUUCCUGGCAGCCCAAGGUGACAGAGCCAAAUGAGAACAGUGGCUGCUAAGGGCUGACCAAAACAACCCAUGUGGAAUGUUCUCCUGAAUCACAGGAUCUGGGUCUGUUUUCUGCCACGCCCCAGGCCUGCUAGUUGUGAGCAGAGCAGACCCAGUAAAGUUACUGGCCCAUCCCCACUGAUCACACCCAGUGAAGGCACCCCACUUCCUGUCCCACCCAACGGAUAGGCUGAGGGCAGGGAGACCUCAGCUUUAACAAACCUGGGCUGGAGGCGUGGGUGGAAGGUGAGGGAAAGGGCCGGAUGUGGGGACCCUCUUCCUCUAGCACAGUAAAGCAAAACCCCAGAAA